CGUCCCGGAGCGCGCGAGCCCAGUGCUCAUUGGCUGCUGCGCCCGUUCCUCCUCGGCGCCCCGGCGCGCUGAUAGGCGCGGCGUCCCGUCAGUCCGGCGCCUCGCCGUUGCCGCGGUGAGGGCGAGGGCUGCGGGCGGGCGCCCGAUGGCGGGCGUGGAGCUGUUCUCGCACCCCACGUUCUACACUCGCUACCGGGCCGGGCUCUGCUCCGCCGCUGCGCUAGCGCUGCUGCUCAUCGCCGUGUUCACCUACGUGCCGCCGCUGCUAGUGGCCUACCGCAGCCACGGUUUCUGGCUGAAGCAGGGCGCGUACCGUGAGCAGCCCACUGUGCGGUUCCGGUACGAGGUGCUUUUCGUGGCCACCACUGGGCCCGGCCCGGGCAGCUUCUUGGCGUGGAGCACGUUCCCAGCGUUCAACCGGCUCCAGGAGGACAGAUUGCGAGUCCCGUUGCUGUCGACUAGGGAGGAAGACAAAAAUCAAGAUGGCAAAAUGGAUCAGUUGCAUUUUAAACUGGAGCUUCCGCUACAAUCUACCGAGCAUGUAGUUGGUGUUCAGCUGAUUCUAAUCUUUUCCUACCAACUUUAUAGAAUGUCAACACUUGUGAUGCAGAGCAUGGCUUUCCUUCAGUUUUUUUCUCCUGUACCAGGAUCUCAGCUCUAUAUGAAUGGAGACCUGAAACUGAACCAGAGGCAAUUGCUUAACCACUGUGGACUGGAUACCAGAUACAAUGUGUCUGUGGUCAAUGGCACAAGUCCUUUUGCAGCUGACUAUGAUCUAACAAACAUCAUUGCAGCAUAUCGAGAUAGAAAUGUGACGACAGUUUUUUCAGACCCCAACCCUGUUUGGAUGACUGGAAGAGCAGCAGAUACACCAUUCAUCAUUAAUGCUACUAUUCAUUACCCAGAGGAAGUUAUCCUAUAUCAGCCAGGAUUUUGGGAAAUCAUUAAAUUUGCCUGGAUCCAAUAUGUCAGCAUUCUCCUUAUCUUUCUCUGGGUCUUCGGUAGGAUUAAAAUGUUUGUGUUCCAGAAUCAGGUGUUCACUACAACUCCAAUAUCAUCAGUUCUGCCGUUGUCUCCAGUGUUGUCCUGCAAACAGCAUCAGUCCUGAGGAGAUGCCUGAGAAAACUUUAAAGAAACCCAGUUCAAAAAUUAGUACCUGAUUUUAUUAUCUGUACACACUUUCUACUUUGAAAGAUAGAACUUGGUACGUAUGUUCUGAGUACGUUCUCUUCUUGCUCUAUGUUGCUAUGACAUUAUGUAAUUUUUCCUUUUUAAAAUAUGUUCAUUCAUGCA